AUGAUUGAGAUACUUCAAAAUUUGCAGCUGCUAGCUCCUCUCUUCCUCAUCAUCAUCUUUCCCCUCUUCUUCUUCUUCUUCUCCUCCGCAGGUUUGAAGAAGAAAGAAGCUGAUCCAACAACAAAAAUCGUCACCAUCCCAAAGUCAUACCCACUGAUUGGUUCCUACUUAGCCUUCAAACGCAGCGGCAACCGCCGUAUCCAGUGGCUAUCCGAUAUAGUCCAAAUCUCACCCGCCGCCACGUUCACCCUCCACCACAGUAUAGGCCGCCGCCAAGUCAUCACCGGCAACCCUGCCAACGUGGAGCACAUUCUCAAGACUCACUUCUCCAACUACCAAAAGGGCUAUUCCUUCAUCAGCACCCUCUCAGAUUUCCUCGGCUCGGGAAUCUUCAACGCCGAUGGCAACACUUGGAAGUUCCAAAGGCAAAUCGCAAGCCACGAAUUCAACACCAAGUCUCUACGCAAGUUCGUUGACCACGUGGUGGAUGCCGAACUCGCAGACCGUCUGGUCCCCAUCAUGGCUUCAGCGGCACAACAAGACAAGACCCUCGAUUUCCAAGACAUCCUCCAACGCUUCGCCUUCGACAACAUCUGCAAAAUCGCGUUCGGCUUCGACCCGGAGUACCUGACCCCAUCACAUGAACGGAGCAAGUUCGCGAUGGCGUACGAAGAAGCGACGGAGAUAAGCAGCAAACGGUUCCGCGAAGUGUUUCCCUUGGUGUGGAAAGUGAAGAGGGCGCUUAACAUAGGUUCGGAAAAGCGUUUGCGAAUGGCAGUGAGGGAAGUGCACGACUUCGCUAAGAACAUAGUGAGAGAGAAGAAGAGGGAGCUGAAGGAGAAGGAAUCGCUUGAAUCGGUGGACAUGCUUUCACGGUUCUUGAGUUCGGGGCACUCUGAUGAAGACUUCGUGACGGACAUAGUCAUAAGUUUCAUAUUGGCGGGGAAGGAUACCACGUCAGCAGCGCUGACGUGGUUUUUCUGGCUGCUGUCGAAGAAUCCGCUAGUGGAGAAGGAGAUUGUGAAGGAGAUAACGGAGAAAUCGGAGGUUCCAGUGUUUGAUGAAGUGAAAAAUAUGGUUUACACGCAUGCAGCUUUGUGCGAAAGCAUGAGGCUGUACCCGCCGGUGCCGAUGGACACGAAGGAAGCAGCAGACAACGAUGUUUUGCCGGAUGGGACGGUGGUGAAGAAGGGGACGUUGGUGACGUAUCACGUGUACGCCAUGGGGAGGUUGGAGAGUAUUUGGGGUGAGGAUUGGGCUGAGUUUAAGCCAGAGAGGUGGUUGCAGAAGGUUGAAUCUGGAAAGUGGAAGUUUGUGGGAAAAGAUGCUUUCACUUAUCCUGUGUUUCAAGCGGGUCCCAGAAUGUGUCUGGGGAAAGAAAUGGCUUUUAUGCAGAUGCAGAGUGUAGUGUCUGGGAUUCUGAGGCGGUUCACGGUGGUUCCCACGGUGGCUGAAGGGGUGGAGCCUCACUUCUUUGCCUUCCUCACCUCCAAGAUGGAAGGUGGUUUUCCUGUGAAGAUUAUUGGCAGGGAAACCUCAAAUUAA